UUCUCGCCCAAUGAGCAUUUAAGCUGUGUCAUCAGCAAGUUGUUUCCCAUCGUGCUUUUCAUCAGCGCAGUCGGUGGAGAGCAACUGCGCCCGACUGAAGAAUCAGAUACAGCAGCCAGAGUUUUUUGACACACGUCAGCAUGACAUCAGAGCAAGGCGGACGUAACUCGGACACAUUUCUUACCGGCAUGCAUCUCGCGCUGAUCACCGGUGAUCGGUUCUGCGCAGAAUUUGGCCAUCUCAAACGAGCCUAAAGCACUUUGUUUUGUUUUUGUUGCCGACCAUGCAGCCGGACGCACAGUUCAGCACUGCAGGUCUACCGAAAGCUUUCCUUCACAGUAUGCGGACUUUGUUUGACAUUCUGGACGAUGGACGACGCGGUUACGUUCACAUAUCAGAGAUUGAGAGCCGCUGGAGAGGCGCGGAGACUCCGCCGGGAGUUCUGGAAAGUCUGAGGCGGAUCGCUCCGCACCACGGCUGUCUGACCUUCGAGCGCUUCGUUUCGGGACUCAGAAACUCGAUGUUAAACCCGAAGAACAGCAGCAGAACUGCCGCCUCCAAACCUCCACAUGACUCGACGGAAUGUAAAGUUCGUCCUCUGGGACCGAGUAACGCAAUAAACACACAGCGCAGCCGGCAGAUGAGUCGGGACAGACUUCACGGAGUCUCGGUUGGAGGGUUCGAUAGGGCCGCGUGUUCGGUUCGCAUGGGGAAAAAACCGCUUCACUCCAGUCGGACCCGAGCCAUUGAAUCUCUCGCGCUAGAAUCUCCUAAUGGCCAGAAAGCACAUGAGAGCGCCGGUCUGCCUCGUUCGCAAAGUGAAACUGUGACAGGAUUCACAAGGCGAUAUGGCAAGAACCAGGACGAGCAGAGACGCCACACCCUCACAAACGGAGUGGAUUAUGGGAUGCUGAAGCAGAUGAAGGAGUUGGAGCAGGAGAAAGAUUCUCUGUUGGCCGGGCUGGAUGUUUUGGAUCGAGCAAGAGAAUGGUACCAGACCCAGAUCCACAACGUUAUUGAGACACAGAGACAUGUUGGCCAGAGUCACUCCACCGCAUCUUCGACUGGAUCGUGUCCAAGUCGGUUAGAUGUUCUUCUUCCCAAACUUCAGGAUGUCACUCGCUGCCUCAGUGAUUUGAUUUCAUUUUCAGCAACGACGUUCCCGUCCGCUGUUGUUUCUCCUCCUGCUUCUGUUCCUGCACCUCCUCAGGCCAUCCAGGUCAUAAAAGAGCAAAACCGACUCCUCACGCAGGAAGUGAGCGAGAAGAGCGAUCGCAUCACUCAGCUGGAGCAGGAGAAAUCUGCUCUGAUCAAACAGUUGUUUGAGGCUCGUGCUCGUAACACUCAUGACAGCAGCGUGCUCGACUCCACCUUCAUCUAAACGCCUGAACGCUCCGCAAACACACCACAGUACAUGUGAAGACAUCUGCAGUCACUUUUAGUAGAAGAGGUGGAACUGAUAAACACCUUCAGGAGGAUCUGCAGCAUUCUCUUGUUUUUUUUUCCAAUCUGAAGAGCAGCACAUGAUUCUCAUUUACAGACUCGUAUAAAAUCACAUCAAGAUUAAUUCGGAUUUUUUUCUGAAGCAGUUUUCAUGGUCUUGCACUGUUGCAUAAAGAAAAACAGCAGCUAAAUGUAAACACUCCCAACACAUUAUUACAUUUACAUUAUUAUACAAGCAAAUCUCUGAAGAUACUGUAUAAUAUAAACUGUUUUUACCCUGUAAACAUGGUUUCCUUGAGGUCUAUCUGGACAUUCGUUUUUGGCAGGGGGUGAUUUUUGAUGUUAUUCUGAACCUCAUACUUUCAUACCGAACUUCAGUUAUAAAAUGAAGAUUUGUAGCUGAUUUGAUAUAAAUGUGUUAACAGUAACCGAACCCUGCUUUUUGUUUAUCAGUAAAGUGACUGACAAUUCAGAUGAAUGAGAUAGGCAGAGACAGUCAGCUGGUGUUACUUUAAAAGUAACCUGGAAGAUUCUUACAAUUCACAUCACCGAUUAUACCGUGUGACUGACGGGUUCCCUGAAUGAAGCUCAGAUCUAGUGUUAAUGUUCUCAGUUUAUUUGAAUCUGCCUAUCUUGAUCUACCUGAAUUGACAUGAUUUUUAUUCAUGCAAUAAUGAAGCUGUUAGCUUGCAGUGGACAAAAACAUUCAAGACGAACACUACAAAAAAUGCAUUUCUUACUCUGUAGUUUGGUCUUGUUUUGCAGUACAAAUAUCAGAAUCAGGAUGCCUUUUCAGACACGGCUUUCGCAGUGAAGUAAAAAAUAUAAUGUUUUGACCGAAAGUGACCGUGACGAGGGAGGUGUGACGAGAGCCGCGGGAGAUAAGAGGCCGGUGUGGCGCCCAGCUGACGUUCAUUAUCAAUCACAUCACCGGCCUCGCUUCCUCCUCCCACGGCUCUCGUCACAGUGACUUUGCUUUACACUUUCAGACAUCUUUGUGCACUCUAAAAACAGUUGUUAAAAACACCACAUUUUGUAUUCAGUUAAGGAAAGCACAUUAACGUUUUGUGUUAUACAUAAUGGACCCUAUCAUACACUCGUAAGUGUUUUUGGUUAGUUUCAGCCUGACGCAGUUAUCAUUUUCACGUCCUGCGCCAAGUUGUUUAAAUGGCAAAUGCAUUUGCACCCAUUUGCGUGCUGGUCUGAAAACGAGGUGUGUUCAUGUGCUUUGUUGGCGCAUUGCUAUUUUGAGGCAACUGAAAUUCAGACACGCCCUAAGUGCACUUGUGCUUUAGACCAUGCACGUAGAUCGUUAAAAUACGGCCCAAUGUGUUAAAUAGGAAAACACAAACAAUGUGUUAAAAUGAACACAUCCAUUUUAAGAGUGUGUGGUCGUUGAAAGAUCAAUUUAGGCAGCUGAUCCAGAUACAAAAGUCACACGUAAAAUAAAAUUAUUAUUUACAGUUGAAGAAGAUAUCAAAGGGUUUGAUGUUACUGACUGGUGUGUUUCAUUUCUUCUGCAAAUGUAAUCCACAAAGAUCUUAAUGGUUUUUCUUUAUUAAAAACAAGUUUAUUCAUUGUGUGCUGUUGUUUCUCAGACAUUUUGGGUUUGGAAUAUGAGACUUCAAUGGGUUCUCAAAGCCCUGUGAGUUUCACUUGUGUCAUGAUGGAGGUGCAUUUACAAAGUAAAAUCAACAGGUCAGAAGAAAACAGAUGUCCGUGUGCCAUUGUAUUUUAUUUAAAAAAAAAGAAGUCUGCACAUCCAAAACCCUAACUGGGCUGAGGUGCCAGUCAAAAAUAUCACCAUCUUAGAAAUAUAAAAGGUACCUGUACUUGAUAGAGACCUGAUGGUAGAUAAGGUGUGCUGUUGGUGGCUACAGUACAUGUCUCAUGGAGCUGUAAAUGUGUGAAUAUUUUUAUCCAGCGUUUAUUCAUCCUUUACAACAUCAAUAUAUCGACCUCUUCGACUACCAAGAUGUAAACAUCGGGUUUCUAUUUAUUUUCUCAAAUCUAAUAUAAUUAAUUCUCACAGAUAUUUGUUUGAAAUUUUGUUCGGUUAUAAAUGUUCUGACGGUUGUAUUCUGUUCAAAUUUUUGUGCAGUGUUAAAAAACUGAAACAGGAAGUUCAGGACCAGCAAUGUUAAGUCUUCCUACGUGGUCUAUAGCAAGCCAAGAGGAAUGUUGAUUUUAAUUCAAUUCAAAAGAAGAUAUUUUGAAUAUUCAAUGCUUUUUUUAAAACAAUCGUCGAGGUUCUAUACAAAAAUAUUUGUUUGUGAAUUAUUGAAAAUCUUUAGGUGCAAACUGCUGUAGGUAACACAACCAAGUUAGUGAUUUUGGAUAUUUAAUAUUCAAUUUUUAAUAACUAUAAUAUGUUACUCAAACUAGGAUGUAAAAUUUGU